AAAUCACUUGCCCGUGAAAGGAAACGUCCCUGUUUACCCGUUUACCCAGUUAUUGUGCUUUUGCAAUUUAUAAUGGAACAAUUAUGAAUUUUUCGCGUUUUCGACUGGUGUUUAUCUACGAUAACGGUCGAGCGCGUUCUGAAGUGUAGCAGCGGCAAGUAAGUGAAUUUCACUUUGGGCACGCGAAGUACGUACAAUUGCGGCUUCUAUCUAGAUAUAUGUCUGUGGUUGUGUAGCAUUUCGAAGUGGCUGAGAUAAUUUAUAUUAAACACGUAGGUACCUAUUUGACGUUCAGUAGAGAAAAGACUGGUCAGAGAAGAGUUACUUGUUGCAAAAAUGACUAUUCGCUGGGGAAUUGUGACAGCUGGAAAGAUCAGCAAUGACUUCGUCAAUGCAUUCAAAACGUAUCCUGACAUAGGAGACCAGACCAUCGUUGGUAUAGCUGCUCGCGAUAAGAAAAAGGCUGCCGACUUUGCCAAGACACAUGGAAUUCCAAAGGUGUUCGAUAGCUAUGAGGCCUUAGCAAAAAGCAAGGAUAUUGACGUCGCCUACAUUGGCGCAUUGAAUCCUGAUCAUUAUCAGCUCUCCAUAAUGUUCCUCGAAAAUGGAAAACACGUUCUCUGCGAGAAACCACUUUGUAUGAAUUAUAAACAAGCUAAAAGUCUUCUCGGUUUUGCUGAGAAGAAGAAGUUGUUCUUCAUGGAAGCCGUUUGGUCUCGAUUCGCGCCUGCUUAUAUCGCUCUCGAAGAAGAAAUCAAGUCUGGAAAACUCGGCGAUGUUCAAUUUGUUGAUGCUAACUUUGGAGUGCCUAUUGCUGGUGUGGAUAGGCUAAAAAUGAAAUCAAUGGGCGGCAGUGCAAUCUUAGACAUUGGCAUCUACCUGCUUCAAUUUGCUCAAUACGUUUUCAAAGAUGAGCCUAUCAAGGUAUCAGCUCAUGGGGAGCUGAAUGAAGACGGUGUGGAUGUUGUUGAUACUGUUAUCUUGGAGUACAGUAACGGAAGGCGCGCUGUUCUUAACGCUCACGCCAAACUUAGACUGUUGAAUAAUGCUACAGUUGUUGGUGAUAAAGGACGCGCUACGUUGCUGGAUCCUUUUCACUUUCCACACAAGUUGGUGCAUGCUGACGGCAAAGUGGAGGAAUUCAAACUGCACACAUCAAAACUGCCUUACGUCUUCGAGAACAGUGCUGGAUUGGUGUACCAAGCUAUAGAAACAGCCAGGUGCAUUAGAGAAGGACUUUUGGAGUCGCCGAGGAUGUCACACCGAGAAAGUCUCGUUCUGGCCAAGCUGGAAGACGAAGUGAGGAGACAGGUUGGAUGCCACCACGCUGCUGACGAUCAGGAAUUUCCCUAAUUCCAGUGGCAGUGUUAAACGCACAAAUCUUGUUUACUUUCUAGAUAAGUAGUGUGAUGUGGCGAUAAGCUAUUGGAGACCACUUGACAAUUUACACAAUGACAAUAGCUGCAGCUCAUAUCACACUUACAUUGUGUUUUAAGAGCAUAGACAUCGCCAAUAUUUUGUGUCUUAAUAAAAAGUGUACCUAUAUAACAUUAUACAUUUCUUACAAUAAGUGAAAAUGUUUAUUAAAAACCU